GACAUGUGUACAGUAAUGACGUCAGCAACAUUUUAUUUUAGGAUUAGGUAAUAGAUUUCCUAAUUUUUCCCUCCUUUCCCAAAAGAAAAAAAGGACAAUAAAUUAAAAGCCCGUCAAAGAAGACAAAAAAAAACAUCAAAUAUAAUGUCACACUCAUUCAUACUCACAUUUUUCUUCAACCCAAAUUACACACUAACACAAACAAACUCAUCCCCCACUUUUUUCUUCACUUCUCUUCUUCUUCCUCAACUUUGAAUCUCUCUCUUCAAAAAAUCAUGGAAUUUGAAGAAGCAGAAACAAACACAACAAUUCCAAAACUACCCUUAUACUCUCUAAAAAACCAACAACAACGUUAUUCAGGAAACCUAACAUCACCCUUACAUACAUCAGCUUCAGUACCCUUCAAAUGGGAGGAAAAUCCUGGAAAACCCUUACCUUGUCUUGCCCUUGCUCUUCCAUCAACCGUGACUAACACCGUUAAAUCCUUAGAAUUACCUCCUAGGUUACUCAAUGAAGCCAAAUUUACCAAAACACCCUCCCCUACUACUGUCCUUGAAGGUCCUUAUAGUAAUUUCACUUCUGCUGUCGGAAAAUCUUCAUCUUUUAGGUUUCUUAGAAAAAGACAAGGCUCUUUUGAUGGUGCCCUUAGUUUGUGGGGUAGUCGAGGAAGUAGCCCUGCAAGAGGGCUACUUGGGACUAUUGUUCUUAGUCGAAGUGGGAGUAGUAGGAGAGAGAAUAAGGGAUUGUUUGGUUCUUGGAAAAAAAAGGGAGAUUAUAAUAAUAAUAAUAAUAAUAAUAAUAAUAAUAAUAAUAAUAAUAAUAAUUUGAAGAGUAAUAGUAAAAAUAGUGAAGUUGUUAAUGAGGGUAAUUUCGUCUUUCUAACAUUGGUUUCUGAUGAUGAUGGUGUAACUAGUACUUCUAUUGACGGUAACGGUAGCAGCGACGGUGACGGUAAAGGUGGUGGAACAUUUGUUAAGGUUACAAAGAUGAGUAGUAAGAAGACCAACUUCUUGGGUUUGUCACAAAACAAGUCUCAUUUUUGGGCUGCUAUAUAUGGGGCUUUCAAGCAAGUAAUACCGAGCCCCAGGAGGAGUACGAAGUGGAAGAAAGAUGCCUGGUAAACACAACGCAUCUCCAUCUUUUGGCAGUAACAAGUCUCUAUCGGUUUGCCACCAACCCAAAUGCCUGUGACAAAACCAUCUGUUCCAUACCCCUCCUCUUAUUAAAGCUUUCUCGCGAUCUCUCUUUUUCGCUCCCUUUGAUGAAAAUGACUCGAAUGGUCGAAUAUUCAAGGCUGUAAACACGAAAAUUUAAUCUUUUUCUGCAGUGUUUGUGAUAGUAUUGGAGAACAUACAGUUAGAAGUUACUGAGUAUGUUAUGCUUGAUUUGUGUUUCAACUUGUAUAAAAUUUUACUGGUACUUGUAAAUUAGUACUGUAUUAGAACACUAUCAGUUUGAAAUUUGAACAUCCUGUUCUGGUUACCUCAAUAAGGAGAUAUCAUGGAGUUGAAAUUUUAGCUAAA